CAACGCACAACAGGUUCUUUGUUUCUUUCUUGCAAACCUUUAGCUGCGGCGGAUCCACCAGCGGCCCGAGACAAUGCCGGUGAAGGUGUUCGGGUCGCCGACGUCGGCGGAGGUCGCCCGCGUCCUGGCCUGCCUGUUCGAGAAGGACGUCGAGUUCCAGCUCAUUCGCGUCGACUCAUUCCGCGGCCCCAAGCGCCAGCCUAAUUACCUCAAGCUUCAGCCUCGCGGCGAGGCGCUCACCUUCGAGGACGGCGAAGUCACCCUCGUCGAGUCGAGGAAGAUCCUGCGGCACAUUGCGGACAAGUACAAGAACCAGGGGUACAAGGACCUGUUCGGCCCGGGCGCGCUGGAGCGCGCAUCCAUCGAGCAGUGGCUGCAGACGGAGGCUCAGAGCUUCGACGUCCCCAGCGCCGACAUGGUCUACAGCCUCGCCUACCUGCCGUCCGACAUGCCGCUCGACGGCAAGAAGGCCAACACUGGCGGUUUCCCAUCGGCCGGGAUGCACCCGGCGCACCGGCAGAAGACGGAGGAGAUGCUGCAGCUGUUCGAGAAGAGCCGGAAGGAGCUGGGCAAGCUGCUGGACAUCUACGAGCAGCGCCUGGACCAGGAGGAGUACCUGGCGGGCAACAAGUUCACGCUCGCCGACCUGUCGCACCUGCCCAACGCCGACCGCCUCGCCGCCGACCCGCGGUCCGCGCGCCUCAUCGAGUCGCGCAAGAACGUCAGCAGGUGGUGGUACACCAUCUCCGGCCGCGACCCGUGGAAGAGGGUCAAGGAGCUGCAGCGCCCGCCGUCCGCGGAGGCGCCGUUCUGAUCUCCACCGCGCGCGGUGGCGGCGAGGGGCACACGCACAGUACGGUCGCGGUUUCUGCUGUUGUCGGUCCGCGCGUUCCCAUUGUUCUGAAUAAUUAUCCCUCGGCCCUGCCUCAAUGUUCAUUGUUCAUCGUGUAAUAAAUUGUGCAAGAGAAUGCCGCCUCUUUUGCAGAAAUAAAUAAAAAAGUUCUCGUUUUCCAAA